AUGGCGAACAAUAAAUUACCAACCAAUGAAGAUGUUGCAGAACUUCUUAAAAUUUCACGAGUUCACAAUACAGAUAAAUUCAUCGAACUUGAAAAUUUUCUCUGCAUAUUUAUCACAUGGUUAAAACGAAUAGAUGGGAAUGAAUAUAAGGCUGAAAGCAUUCACAACUGUUAUGCAUCUCUUGCACGAUAUUUAAAAGAACAUUCAACAAUUAAACCAUGCAACAUAUGGGAUUCCUAUAAAUUUGAAAAGGCUUUACGAAUCUUAGAUGGUAAAAUGAAGAAGCUUCAAAAGAAAGGAUUAGGAGAAACUGAUCAGUCUGCUGCACUUACAGUGGAUGAAAUUUUUCAAAUUUUAGAUCAUGAAUCAAUGUCUGGAAAUGAUAAUGAAAGUUUAGUUCGACAUGUAUUUUUUUGGUUUUCACUACUUUGUGGUUUGCGAGGUGGUGAUACAGCCAAAUUAAAAGUGAGUGAUAUAAGCCAUCAACCUCAUGAUUUACAAAAUGGCAUUUGGUUCAAAAUUAGUUCUAUGGGUGAAAAAAAAUUAGGAACUAUGAUGUUGCAAAUUGCAGAUCUUACUAAAAUCAAUUUAGACAAUGGACACAAAAUUACUAAUCAUUUAUUACGUCGAACAGUAAUUCAAAGACUUAAGGAUUUAAAUAUUCCAGAGGAUGAGCGAAUGGAAUUCUUAGGACAUAGAAGUCGUGAAGGAAUAAAGGCUUACAAUAACUCAAAUGAAGAUCAAAAGAUUCAGAAUACAGAUAAUCCUGAAAUUUAUAAUGAUUCAAUUUUUAUGACAGCAGCAGAAAACUACGCAUUUGAUAAUGGGCCAGAACUAUAUAAUAAAUAUUCAGAUUCAAGUAAUUCAUCACCUAUCCUACCACUAGCAAGAUCGAAUUAUGACAAAAGAUCAACCUUCAGAUCCUGUAUUCCAAGAUUAUCAAGCCAUCGGUCUCCUUUAAAAUCUGUCUCUAAUCAAGCGGCACCAUAUUAUAUACCAACUUUUCAUGAUAUCAAAAAACUUCAUGAAUCUUCAUCUGAUUCUAAUAAUAAGCAGGAAAUACAUUACCAUUUUCAUUAUCAUUUGUAA